GGGCGGGGCGGUACAACAUUUGCCUGAGAGUCUAAACAAGGGCAUAGAAAACACGGAGCGCGAAACCCACGCGAGCCGCGUUGUCCUGUCACGUGAUUCUAGGGGACGCGAGAGAGCGACGCUUCGUAAACACAGUGCGUUGAAAUCAAAAUAACCACUGACAGCCAAACCCAGCGUCCCUCACCGCGAGGCCGGUAUGAAGUACAUCCUGGUGACCGGAGGGGUCAUAUCUGGUAUUGGAAAGGGCAUCAUUGCCAGCAGCGUGGGGACGAUCCUCAAGUCCUGCGGCCUUCACGUCACUGCCAUCAAAAUCGAUCCAUAUAUCAAUAUCGAUGCCGGCACCUUUUCGCCAUAUGAACACGGUGAGGUUUUUGUUCUCGACGAUGGCGGCGAGGUGGAUCUGGACUUGGGGAACUACGAGCGUUUCCUAGACAUCCGUCUUACCAAAGACAACAACCUGACCACCGGAAAGAUCUACCAGUCGGUCAUCAACAAGGAGAGGAGGGGAGACUACCUGGGCAAGACCGUGCAAGUGGUACCCCACAUCACAGAUGCCAUCCAGGAGUGGGUGAUGAAGCAGGCCAGGAUCUCUGUAGAUGAUGAUGGCGUGGAGCCUCAGGUUUGCGUCAUUGAGCUGGGAGGCACAGUGGGGGACAUUGAGAGCAUGCCCUUCAUCGAAGCCUUCAGACAGUUCCAGUUCAAGGUGAAGAGGGAGAACUUCUGCAACAUCCAUGUCAGCCUGGUCCCUCAGCCCAACGCCACAGGAGAGCAGAAGACCAAACCAACACAGAACAGUGUGCGAGAACUCCGAGGGCUGGGCUUGUCUCCAGAUUUGAUUAUGUGCCGUUGUUCUUCGCCCCUAGAAACGUCCGCCAAGGAGAAGAUCUCCAUGUUUUGUCAUGUUGAGCCCACGCAGGUGAUCUGUGUCAACGACGUCUCCUCGGUCUACCGGGUGCCCCUGCUGCUGGAGGACCAGGGGGUCGUGAGCUACUUCUGUGAGCGGCUGAGCCUUCCCAUCGACGUGAAGCCCAGAAAGAUGCUCACAAAGUGGAAGGAGAUGGCUGACAGAUCUGCCCGUCUCCUGGAGCACGUCUCCAUAGCCCUGGUGGGGAAAUACACAAAGUUAUCCGACUCGUACACCUCUGUGGUCAAGGCCCUAGAGCACUCCGCCCUCGCCGUCAAUCACAAGCUUGAAGUCAAGUACAUAGACUCUGCAGACCUGGAGACGACCACGCAGCAAAGUGACCCUGUGAAGUAUCACGAGGCCUGGCAGAAGCUCUGCAGCUCUCAUGGUGUGUUGGUACCAGGAGGCUUUGGAGUGAGAGGGACAGAAGGCAAGAUGCACGCUAUAAACUGGGCGAGGAAACAGAAUAAGCCGUUCCUGGGAGUGUGUCUGGGCAUGCAGCUCGCAGUGUGCGAGUUCGCCCGCAACGUCCUCGGGUGGGAAGAUGCCAACUCCACCGAAUUCAACCCCGAAUCCACUCACCCAGUGGUGAUCGACAUGCCGGAGCACAACCCCGGGGAGAUGGGAGGGACUAUGCGGUUGGGGAAGAGGCGGACUAUUUUCAAAUCCAGCACCAGUGUUCUGAGAAAGCUGUACGGCGGCGUGGAGUUUGUUGAUGAGAGGCACAGGCACAGAUUUGAGGUGAACCCUGAGCUGAAGCAGCACUUUGAACAAAAGGGUCUUCGUUUUGUCGGCGAGGACGUGGAAGGAGAGCGAAUGGAGAUCAUCGAAUUAGACGAUCACUGCUACUUUGUCGGAGUGCAGUACCACCCCGAGUUCACCUCCAGGCCCAUCAAACCGUCUCCUCCCUACUUCGGCCUGAUGCUGGCUGCUGCAGGGAAGCUGCCGGGCUACCUGGCCAAGGGCUGCCGCCUCUCCCCCAGGGACACGUACAGCGGCAGCAGCGGCAGCAGCUCCCCCGAAGCCGACCUGUCGGAGCUCAAGUUCCCCUCUUUGUCCUGAGAGUGAAGCCCGCCGGGUUCUCAACAAACCGCUUCUCCCGUUUCCAUGGCUACAACAAGCCGUUCUGGUGGCAACUUCACUCUUUUUAAAAUAUAUCACGCUUUGAAUGUGAAGGUGAACUGUGUGGGGCUCCCAUUUAAAACUCUCUUUAUGUGCAAGAAGAGGAACGUUUCAAGUAGGAACCGAUUAGCUGUGAAUCCCAGCCCGUCCGCACCGAGGAACUUUCUAUUCAUGAUCCUCCCUCAAACCCACCAGGAGAUGAAUAAUGCAUUUCGCAGUGAAGUGUGGAGAAUCGGGGCGCUCGGCGUAAGCAGAUUAGUUUGCAGCAGUGUCUAAAUAUCUGGAUUGUUUCUGAGGCAACUUUCCUGCAAAUGAAUCCAAAGUAUGAAAACAUUCAUUUUACUUCUUUAUGCAGCUGUAUUGUCAGAAUGUUUCUGGGUAUCAUGGCAGUUAUACAUUUAACUGAAAUGUUUUGUCUGUUAUUUUAAGUGUUUUCUCCUCUUUUUCUUUUUUUAGGUUUUAUGCCUGCUUUCAAAUCCUGACUUGUAAUCUGUGUCUGUGGUUAAACUUCUUAAAUAAUGUAGCACUCGGUCGCAGAGUCUGACGUUUGGACCCUUUCUCAUCCAACAGACUGGUUCUGUGUUCAGUAUAUGAAUUUACUCUGUAAUGCAUUUUGCACUUUAGGGUGUUUUAGAACCUACGUUUUUAAGGCUUAAACUCCCCAGUUCUGCUUCAGAGCUUUUUAUCAGCUAACGUGAAGUCUGGUGCAUUAAAAAGGAACUCAUCCUGCCAACUUCUUGUAAAAUAUGACCGGUCCCACCUGACAGAACCGUAUGAACAGGAAAAAUGGAAACAUCUGCAUCAAGUUCUAUUUCGAGCACCUGGAUGGUUCUGGUUAGGGUUUGACCUCGUUUGUAAGCUGCUGACCCAAAUCUAUGAGAAGCAGUAUUUUUCUAUUAAUCAGGUGCAUGUGUGAUGUGUGUAAACAGUGAAUAAAUCUACUUUAUUCCUCCUGA